AUGGCUUACGUACUGAGCUUAACCAUCUUUAUGGCUGCAGUUACUAUGGGACUGGCUUUGAGCACAACAACUACAGCAAGCACAAGGAAACCCGUGCCCACCUCCACUGAAAAAUCCAUGGAAAAGGACGAGGCCAUGAAGUCCUUGGAACGCCGCGACAAACGCCAGUUGACGGCCAAUGGUGGCCAGAGCAGCCUGGCCGGUUCCACUGGCAACUAUCCCGUUUUCUUCGAUGGCCUAAAUGUGAAUCCCCCGCUGCAGCCACUGCCGCCCCUCCAGCAGCUGCAGCCCCUGCAACCGAUCACUGUGGUGACUCCUGUGGCCUCCAGUUCGAACGCCCAGAGCCAGCAGCCGCAGUCCGGUUGGCUGCCCCAAUUCGGCCAGAAUCUGCCGCUCAUCGGAACCUGGGUCGGUGGCCUGCCCAAUUGGAUCAGCGGCCUGGGACUCGGCUCGCUAAACGGCGGCUUCGGCUCUCUGGGUGGCCUGAAUCUGGGCAAUCUGGGCAACCUGGGUGCAGUGGCGCCGGUGGCCUCGGUACCGGGACAACUGGUCGGCGGAUCCCUAUCGCCCAAUCCCCAGACCACUUGCCCGCUCACCCAGAAGCUCAACUGCCGCUGCGAGCCGCUCAUCCAGCUGCCGGGUCUGAAGCCCAGUUCCAAUCCUCUAAGGACGCAACUGGUGCAGAUUAUGCGACAGAGUGCCCGCAAGAAUGACGACGGUUCGCAGGAGGUGCGCGUGAUCCUGAGCAGCGGUCAUGUGAUCUACCAGCGGACGGCCAAGGAUCGCGGCCAGAGUGGCUACCUAGCCAUGAGGAUCCAGUCGGGCAGGUACUUCAACAUCUACUACAGUGUCAACGAGAAGGAGUACACGGUGCGGGCGGAUGUCAAGGACACGCCACCCACCUCCGAUUUCGAUGACGAGCUGAAUGGUCAGCUCUAG